GUUCGUCGAAAAUUCAUUCCGUUCAAGUUUCUCGUAUGAGAAGGAAGAAAAUUUAGUAAAAUAAGAAAAUUUUCCGUUUUGUCAAAUCAAAUCAAAAUUCGAGAUGCCAUUAACUGAAAUGGAUAGACGUGCUGCGAAAAUAUUAGAAUUCCAUGAAUUUGAUCAAAGGGAUGAAAAAGUAAACGAAAUGGCCGCAGAUAUGAAUUUAGAAAUGAACUAUCCGCGUGUAUACGAUCGCAGUGUUCGUCGUGACUAUUUUCGGAAUGUAUUCAAAAUCGAAGGCAAAAUAGAAGAAAUCAAGAAUUACAUCAGGGACGAACGUCGGAUGGCCAACGUAGGAUUAGCACCUUCAGUUGAAAGGCUGGAAGAUGAUAUGUCAGAUUCCGUGAUUGAUGAGGCGUUUACAGAGAAUCCUUUCAUAAUGGACAUGGUACAACAUUUUUUUUAUAAACUGUAUCCAAAAUACACGACGGGCGAAAUCGAACGACGUUGGCAUUGGUAUACUGUUCAAGAACAAAUCGACAAGCUUCGCGAACGGGAAGAUUUUAUCUUGAUAGGAGAACAUUGGAUGGAAUGGCACGGAUUUAAGCCGCUUGACGCGCUUAAGGAUUACCACAGGACUACUAAAAGCAUGGCCACCCGUGACAUGUGUGAAAAGAGCCUGCAAAAUAUCUACAGAAACCCAAGCCAUGCAAUCGAAACUGCGAAAGAGAAAGAAAACUAUGAUGAAGAUUUUGCACAAGAAACGUAUGAAAAUCUGAAUUCAUUUCUGGAUGAAGUACGAGAGACCCAUCCAAAUCCCAACAAUUCCCCAUCUUGUUACGAACUCGAUAUGUUCGCGAAGGAAAUUUAUACAGAUCAUUGGCAAGACCUACCUGCUGAAGUAGUUCUGAGAUUAGCAACAAACUGGUAUCACGAAAAUGUUGGAUAUACCGAAUAAAAUUCAUAUUUUUAU